CAAUAGCCCGGUCUCGCCAUCCUCUCAGACCAGAGACACAGCCAGUGACAGACAUUGCAGCUUCAGCGCAACGCUUUAGCAUUCAAAACAGUCACGCCAAAGUCGCCAUCGAGCGCGCAGCUGCAGACGACUAGCCUCAUCUUAACGCCGCCUCCUCCACAGCUCCUCUACGACUCCUAUCCUACUCCCUCGACGCCCUCUCGACCAUCAUGAACCCAGAGUACGAUCUUCUCUUCAAGCUUCUCCUCAUUGGAGACUCUGGCGUAGGCAAGUCAUGUCUCCUCUUGCGUUUCGCCGAUGAUACCUAUACAGAGUCGUACAUUUCCACAAUUGGCGUCGACUUCAAGAUCAGGACCAUUGAGCUCGAAGGCAAGACGGUCAAGCUCCAGAUCUGGGACACCGCCGGGCAAGAGCGAUUCCGCACGAUCACCUCGUCGUACUACCGCGGUGCCCACGGAAUCAUUGUAGUCUACGACGUCACCGACCCGGACACCUUCUCCAACGUCAAGCAAUGGCUCCAAGAGAUCGACCGAUAUGCCACUGAAGGGGUCAACAAGCUCCUUGUAGGCAACAAGUCGGACUUGACGGGCAAGAAGCAAGUCGAGUACAACACGGCAAAGGAGUUCGCAGACCAGCUCAACAUCCCCUUCUUGGAGACGUCAGCUAAGAGCGCGACCAAUGUCGAGCAGGCUUUCUUGACUAUGGCGAAGCAGAUCAAGGACCGCAUGGGAUCCUCGAACGUCAGCAAUGCCGGACCGGGCAAGUCGACACUCAAGGUCGGCCAGGGCCAGAAUGUGCAGGCCCAGAGCCAGGGAGGAUGCUGCUAGACGGUCGUUGGGUCGUGGCGUGAUUGACAGAGGGGUUGGAGUCUCGAAGUCGACAGCUGGCCUGCGAGCGGGAGACGGAGAGGUCAUGGACACUGAGGGGCCGUAUCGGGGUCGAUAGAUCAUUCAUGAAUGGAUGCUGAGAAGCUGUCCAGAUAUCGGCAAGGUUGCUCUCGAUGAUCUCUCGGCAGGGAGCAUUUGCCAGUCGACGUGGCCUGUCACAGCUGAAAGUGCUGCCCUCGUGGGCCUUCUACUCCCCUCACCUCCGUCCCUAGCACUCUCCUUGUACUUUCGCAAAGCCUUCUUUCCC